AAGAGGCAGGGAGUGUGUGUUAAGAGGACAUGUGUGUGUUAAACUGCUCAUCUUCAGGCCCUGAGAUGUUCUGAUGGGUGAGGAGCUAACAGCUCAGAGGGUUUAUUAAGUGGGCCAGUUGCCAUAGCGACGCUUUGGCAGGAUAUUGCCAGGAUAAGCCGUAAUGGGUCUCCUGACGCAGUUCACUCUGCUGCUGUGGAAGAACUUCACUCUGCGGAAGAGACAAAAGGUGCGUCUGGUGGUGGAGUUGAUCUGGCCUCUGUUCCUCUUUUUCAUCCUGGUGUGGGUGCGCUCCACCAACAGCCCUGUGUUUAAAGGCCAAUGCCACUACCCAAACAAAGCCAUGCCCUCGGCCGGCGUGCUGCCCUGGCUGCAGGGAAUGAUGUGCAACAUCGACAACCCCUGUCUGAACUCCCCCACCCCGGGGGAGACGCCGGGACAAGUCAACAACUUCGACAACUCCUUAGUUGCUGGGAUGUUGGUGGAGCUGCAGACGCUGGUGGUGAACAGAUCUAUUCUCAGCAAGGCUCUGCUGCUGGCGGACGACCUGGAGCAGUGGGACUCAGUGCUGUCCCAGACCAACGCUGCACAGGCUCAGCCAGUGAUCCUGAGGAACAUUCUCAGAGACAAUGAGACUCUCUCCGCUCAUCUGGAACAGGACCUGUCGGUGCCUCCAUCAGUCGUCCAAAGCCUCCUGAAUGCUCAAAUUAAGCUCAACUCAAUGAUGAGCGUCCCGCUGCCCGGCGACCUGCAGAGUGUCCUGUGCGAGGGGACGGAUCUAGACAAGUACUUCCAGUUUGGCAGCGCGGCAGAAAAGGAGGCUUUCCAAAAUGUCAGCUGCUCGCUCGAUCCUCAGCAGCUGCUCAACGCUCAGAGAGUUCUGCUGACCAACCUGGACGGGAGGAAAUUCUUCUCAGAGGUGCCUGCAGCUCUGGAUCUGGAUGCAGCAGACACCGCCUCUCUGUUGGGAAAAACCACUCGAGAUGCAUUACCAGUGUUUGAGGAGGUGGCCAGGCUGCAGAGCUCCAUGGUCUUCCAGGCUGCCAGUGCAUUGGAUUUCCGAGCAGACAUGAUGGGCAGCGUCAAUAUGCUCCUGUGUGGAAAGCAGCCUGACGUCAAUAUCAGCCGCAGCUCACCCCGACAGACGGAUAACAAGGAGCCAUUCUCUAUUACUGCGGGAAACAGCUCUGACACUUUCUGUGAGACGCUGGUCGAGACGCUGGAGGGAACACCUGGCCUGCGCUACAUCUGGAGCACCUUCAGGCCGCUGCUGAAGGGGAAGGUCCUCUACACCCCCGACACCCCCGCUGCGCGCCUCCUGGUGAAAGAGGCAAACAGCACAUUCAACGCCCUAGCCCAGCUGAGAGAACUCGCUGACUCCUGGGAGGAAGUCGGGCCCCGGGUCUACAACUUCCUGCAGAACAGCUCUCAAGUCAACGCACUCCGGGCGUUGCUGGGGAAUCCGGUGUUUGCCACUGUGUUGGAUCGGAGCCUAAACAGCACAGAGUCGAUGUCCAAGCAAGUCGCCAACUUCCUGUACAACGGGCCCCCUGAUGAGCGCCCCCCUGGCAUGCCCCCCAACGACUGGAGAAACGCUUACAAUGCCACCACCGACAUCCUGAAGCUGCUUUCCAACUUCCUGGGCUGUUUGGACCUAAAUAAGUUUGAGGCGGUCCCCACCGAGAGCCGUCUGGUGAGCAGAGCACAGGAGCUCCUGCAGAACGACACGUACUGGGCCGCGUUGGUGUUUGAGAACCUGCAGCCCAACGCCAGCCUCCCCCCGCCUUACGUCAAGUACAAAAUCCGUAUGGACAUCGACGAGGCCGAGCGCACCAGCCAAUUGAAGGAAAGGUCAUGGUCCCCGGGGGCCCGGGACAACCCCUUUAACGACCUGCGGUACAUCUGGGGAGGCUUCUCCUACCUGCAGGACAUGAUGGACCACGGCAUCAUCCGGACACACACCUCCAACACACAGCCGCUCGGGGUUUUCGCGCAGCAGAUGCCCUACCCGUGCUUCGUGGAUGACGGCUUCAUCCAGAACAUCGGAGGCAUCCUGCCCAUGUUCCUGGUGCUGGCCUUCAUGUACAGCGUGUGCAUGACCAUCAAAGGCCUGGUGCUGGAGAAGGAGCUCCGCCUGAAGGAGGUGCUGCGCGCCGUGGGCAUUCAGAACGGCGCCCUGUGGGCCGCCACGUUCUUCGAGAACAUGGUUCUGCUCAUGGUGCCAUGUGCUCUCAUAAGCAUCAUGGUGAAGUACGGUAAGGUGCUGCAGUACAGCGACCCCUCGGUGAUCUUCGUCUUCCUGCUGGUGUUCUGCCUGGCCACCGUCAUGCAGUGCUUCUUCAUCAGCGUCUUCUUCUCCAAGGCUAACCUAGCUGCCGCGUGCGGCGGCCUCAUCUACUUCGUCCUCUACCUGCCGCACGUCCUCUGUUACGCCUGGAGAGACGUCAUGGGCCUCCAGGUCAAGGUGGUGGUGAGUCUGCUGUCCUGCGUGGCGUUCGGGUACGGAUGCGAGAACUUUGCAAAGUACGAGGUGCAAGGCAUCGGCAUUCAGUGGUCCAACAUACUUCAGAGCCCGGAGGAGGGCGACCGCUACACCUUCAUCGUCUCCAUCAUCAUGAUGCUGUUUGACGCCGUGUUCUACUGGCUGCUCACCUGGUACAUCGAGAACGUCUUCCCAGGUCAGUAUGGAAUCCCGAAACCGUGGUACUUCCCUGUCACGGCGUCGUACUGGUGCGGGACCGCCUCUGUGACAACCGCCGCCCCCCCCUUGCUGAAGGACCCCUAUGAACACAGCAAGUAUCUGGAGAAAGCACCGCCCGAAAUGAAAGCAGGCGUCUCAAUCCGUAACCUGGUGAAAAUCUACAAGACGGGGAAGAAGCUGGCGGUGGACGGCCUCAGCAUGGACUUCUACGAGGACCAGAUCACGUCUUUCCUCGGACACAACGGAGCCGGGAAAACUACCACCAUGUCCAUCCUGACCGGCCUGUUCCCUCCUACAUCAGGAACGGCUCUGAUCAACGGAUACAACAUCCUGUCUGACAUGGACUCCAUCAGGAAGUAUCUGGGAAUGUGCCCGCAGCACAACGUCUUGUUCAAUGAGCUGACGGUGGAGGAGCAUAUCUACUUCUACGCCCGUCUGAAGGGACUCAGCCGCCAGGAGGUGCAGACGGAGAUGGAGCAGAUGAUUGAGGAUGUUGGUUUACUGCACAAGAGGAAGGAUCUGGCUAAGAACCUGUCAGGGGGGAUGCAGAGGAAGCUGUCUGUGGCUAUAGCUUUUGUCGGCGGCUCAAAAAUCGUCAUCCUGGAUGAACCCACAGCGGGUGUGGACCCCUACGCCCGCAGGGGCAUCUGGGACCUGCUGCUCAAGUACAAACAAGGCCGCACAAUCAUCCUGUCAACACACCACAUGGACGAGGCGGACAUCUUGGGGGAUCGCAUCGCCAUCAUCUCCCACGGGAAGAUGCGCUGCUGCGGCUCCUCGCUCUUCCUGAAGAAGUGCUUCGGCAGCGGGUACUACCUGACACUGGUGCGAGAGGGGACAGCGAAGAUGGCGGCACAGAGAAACGGGAUCAUUAAGAGUCAGGUCAAAGAUGUACCGACAGAGAAAGACUUCACCUCUCGCUGCAGCAGUCCAGAUGACGGCAUCGGCAGCCAGACCUGGGGCGACUCGGACCCCUCAGAUGUGUCAGCUGUGGGUCAGAUUGUGCGGCGCCACGUCCCCGAUGCCGUCUUCCUGGAGAGCAUCGGACAGGAGAUCACCUUCGUGCUGCCGUACGCCGGAGCCAGAGACGGGAGCUUCGCUCUGCUGUUCUCAGAACUGGACAGGGCCCCCGCUGAGCUCGGCCUCACGAGCUACGGCAUCUCCGACACCACGCUGGAGGAGAUAUUUCUGAAAGUGGCAGAAGAAACCGGAGUGGAUUCAGAAACAACAAAGGAGCUGCUGGAGCGAGACUGCAGGAGGAACUCAUCCAAGAGGAGUAGCAUCUCCAGCGUCUCUGCAAAGAGAGAAUUAAAGGAAAAGUUCACAAGUAAAGUGGAAGACCUCCAGAAGAGCGUCAGCCUCAAUGGGAGGGGGCCCUCGGUCAUUGUCGGGGUUCCGCUGAUUAGAAGACAGUUCCUGGCACUCUUCAUCAAACGCUUCCACCACGCCCGCCGCAGCCGCAAGGGCCUCAUCGCACAGGUGGUGUUACCUGCAGCCUUUGUGUGUCUGUCUCUGAUCUUCUCGCUCAUCGUGCCCCCGUUCACGGACUACCCAAGCCUGGAGCUACAGCCCUCCAUGUACGGGCUGCCUCAAACCACUUUUUACAGCAAUGAUGGUCCGACUAAUGCAGAGGUGUCUAAGGUGGUGGAUACACUGGUUAACAAUCCUGGCUUUGGAACUCGCUGCAUGACUGGAGACCCCAUACCGAAUCUCCCGUGUUCCUCGGCUGGCUCUGAUUGGUUCACUCCCCCGGUGGAUCAGUCCAUCACUGACAUCUUCCUGCAGGGGAAUUGGAGCAUGGCCAACCCCUCCCCUUCCUGCCAGUGCAGCACACCUAAACGCACCAUCAUGUUACCUGACUGCCCCCCCGGAGCAGGAGGCCUGCCCCCCCCUCAGAGGAUCCAGAACACUACAGACACCUUGCUGGAUCUAACCGGACGCAAUAUCACAGACUUCCUGGUGAAGACGUUUGAAAACUCGGGGAAAACGAGGUUGGGAGGCCUUUCAGUUGGAGGGGUUAACUCUCAAGUCCGUAUGAGCGAGGCGGCGAUCGAAGCGACAUUCAGCGAUCUCCAAGAACUCUUCACUUCUUUUGAGGAUAAUGUGACGGAUCAGAUCCUGCAGAAUGCCGAGAUGCUGCUGAAGAAGCUGGGAACCAGGGACAACGUGAAGGUGUGGUUCUACAACCAGGCCUGGCACGGCAUGGCGUCCUUCCUUAGCGUGGCCAAUAACGCCAUCCUGAGGGGGAACCUGCCUGCAGGAAAGGACCCCCGCCGCUACGGCAUCUCUGUGUCCAACCACCCCCUCAACCUCACCAAGGAGCAGCUGUCCUAUGUGGCCAUGGCCACGACCUCCACCGACGUGGUGGUGUCCAUCUGCGUUAUUUUCGCCAUGUCCUUCAUCCCUGCCAGCUUCGUCCUCUUCCUCAUCCAGGAGAGGGUGAACAAAGCCAAACAUCUGCAGUUUGUCAGCGGAGUCAACCCCGCCGUGUACUGGCUGGCCAACUUCGCCUGGGACAUGUGUAACUACAUCGUCCCGUGCUUGAUAGUGAUCGUGAUCUUUCUUUGCUUCCAACAAAAAGCCUACGUUUCCCCUCCCAACCUUCCCGCUCUGAUUCUCCUGCUCUUACUGUAUGGGUGGUCCAUCACCCCCAUGAUGUACCCCGCCUCCUUCAUAUUCAGCGUGCCCAGCACAGCGUACGUGGUGCUGACCUGCAUCAACCUCUUUAUCGGGAUCAACGGCAGCAUCGCCACCUUCGUCAUGGAGCUCUUUGAUGAUGAUAAUGUGUCCCGCAUCAACGACAUCGUGAAGCAGGUGCUGCUCAUCUUCCCUCACUUCUGUCUGGGGAGGGGGCUCAUCGAUAUGGCCAAGAACCAAGCCAUGGCAACGCUCUUCAGCAGCUUCGGGGAGGACCGUUUCCAGGACCCGCUCAGCUGGGACAUGGUGGGGAAGAAUCUGUGCGCAAUGUCCAUCCAGGGUGCCGUCAUGUUCACAGUCACCAUCCUCAUCCAAUACAAGUUCUUCUGCAAGCCCCGGCUGAUUUCGGUGAACUCUUUACCAGCGAAGGAGGAGGAGGACGUCGACGUGGCACGGGAACGAGAGCGCGUGCACGGCGGCGGAGCGCAGAGCGACCUGCUGAGGAUCUGUGACCUCACCAAGGUGUAUUCUCGGAGGAGCACCCCCGCUGUGGAUCGGCUCUGUGUGGGAGUACCUGCUGCAGAGUGUUUCGGCUUGCUGGGAAUCAACGGGGCCGGGAAAACCACCACCUUCAAGAUGCUGACAGGAGACAUCCCCGUCUCCAGAGGGGAGGCCUUCUUAAACGGGUACAGCAUCCGGACAGAGAUGAGGGACGUGCAUCAGAACCUGGGAUACUGUCCUCAGUUUGACGCCCUCGACGAGCUGCUGACGGGACGCGAGCACCUGGAGUUUUACGCCAGGUUACGAGGAGUCCCAGAGAAAGAGGUCGCAAAGGUGGCAGAGUGGGGGGUGCAGAAGCUGGGGCUGGUGAAAUACUCCAACAAGUCUGCAGGGACUUACAGCGGCGGAAACAAACGCAAACUGUCCACCGCCAUCGCGCUCAUCGGCUGCCCUCCUGUCGUCUUCCUGGACGAGCCCACAACAGGGAUGGACCCUAAGGCCCGGCGCUUCCUGUGGGACUGCAUCCUGAGCGUCAUCAGGGAGGGACGCUCCGUCAUUCUUACCUCUCACAGCAUGGAGGAGUGUGAAGCUCUCUGCACCCGGAUGGCCAUCAUGGUCAACGGUGCCUUCAAGUGCCUCGGGAGCAUCCAGCAUCUGAAGAGCAGAUUUGGUGACGGCUACACGGUGACCGUGCGUGUCGGCGGCUCCCCCGCUGCUCUGAAGCCGGUGGAGGACUUUGUUGAGCAGGGGUUUCCAGGCAGCGUGCUGAAGGAGAAACAUCACAACACGCUGCAGUACCAGCUGCCCUACACACAGGGGGCGCUAGCACUCAUCUUCAGCCAGUUCACCUGCCACCAGCAGCGCCUGCAGGUGGAGGACUACUCCGUGUCCCAGACCACGCUGGACCAGGUGUUUGUGAACUUUGCGAGGCACCAGCAUAUGGAAGAGGAGGACGCUCGAACCUUUGACAACGCCGUGGACACCUCAGACGAGCUGCAGCUGACACAUGUGAACCCAACCAGAGGAUCACCUGAAACAAGUCUGAACUCGUUUCAAUUUACUCUGGCAGAGAGAUGACGUCUCUGCACAGAUUUAUCCAAAAAUGAUAUAUUUUAAUGUUUCAAACUCUUUUUCCUAAAGGUAGGGACACUGCACUGAUUUAAAGACAAAUUGAACACUGUUAAAGCACUUUUUACAGGUUUUCUUAUCAACCUAAAGAGUUAAUUCUUGACCAAAUUGACCAAUAAUUUUAAGGAGGUCAUAUAAUGCUUCUUGAGGUUUUCCCAUUACUGUGGUGUGUUAUACUAAACGCCUCCAUUGGACACCUUUGUUUACUUCCAGAACAUAGUGACAUCACUUGCGCUUCUAUUGGCUAGCUCUCCAACACAUUGACAACUCCAAGCGGUUGACCAAUCAAACAGAGCCGGCCAAUUAACCAAUCAGAGCAGACUGGGCUCUGGUUAACAUGUCACAGUAGGGGCCCAAAUUAAUCAUCUGAACAUGAGAAGAACAGGGCCUCUUUAAGGAGAUCCAGUGGGAUGUUGAAGUAAUAAUCCUCUGAAAGUGUCACCCACUGCACACGAUGCCUCAGGAUCAAACUUUGCUAAAUCAUAUUAUAAAUGAGUACAUUUGCUACUGGUUCUAAUGACGCACCACAGUUAGGUGCUACAUCAUAUUGUAAACUCUUAUACUGUAUUUCUACAGAAUAUCUAAUGGAUUUUUUAAAGACAUUUAUAUUUAAUGACUUUAAUGACAGAAUUUAAGGCAUUUUCUUGUAAAAUUUGUAUCACUUAUUCUUUAUUGCAGAAUCUAAAUAAUGUAUGACCAGUGAGAGAUAAGAAAAUAAAUAUAAAUAUAUUUAGUCACAACGUGCCUUACAACACCAGCAUGCCUCAUUUACUCAAAGAUGUGUAAACAUCAUAAUAUGCAAUUAGAUAGAACAUUUUACUCUGUUUUCUGAUCAUUGUGUUUUUUUCCUUGUCACGUUAGCUAUUUAGAAACAGCAGUUACAGUGAUAGUCUUCAAAAUGACCUCUUGUUUUUGUAUUGUAAACAUGCCACUUGUGCAUAUCUCAGGAAUGUGUUUGUGCAAUUUGCCUCAGGAAGAUCUACAUGUAAAGAGUUAUUUAUAAUAAAUCAUGCUUGUGUGUACUGUACAACAUUUAAAGAUUAAAGAUCAUUUAAAAAACGUU